AUGGCACCCAAAUUUUCAGAAGACGAAAUCGAUGAUUUGAUUUAUUUUGCUCGAGUCGGGGAGAAAGACGAAUUCGAGACUCUAAGAGAGGAAUUAUGUAAAAGGGAAGAAUGUUCAGCAACUGAGUUGUUGGAGAUUGCAAGAGACAGCGAGAGUGGAAAUGGCGUGCUACAUAUGUCUGCCGCCAAUGGUCAUCACGAACUUCUCACCCUCCUCGCAAAACACCUUUCUAAUCCCUCUCCUCAAAAUCCCCAAAUGCUCAAAAUACUUAACACGCAAAACGCCUCUGGAAACACACCUUUACAUUGGGCAGCCCUGAAUGGACAUUUAGAAGCAGUCAAGGUUUUGAUAGAAAAUGGAGCAGAUCCAACAAUUCAGAAUCAGAAGGGGCAUGAUGCGGUCUACGAGGCAGAAUUGGCGGAUAAGACUGAAGUUGUGGAAUGGGUUUUGAAAGAGGGAGGUGAAGGGUUGGAGGAGGGAAUUGCCGGGGAUGAGGGCGAGAGUGGAGAGGGGGAGGAGGGAGUGGAAGUUGUGGAAGUUGCGGAGGGAGAGGGUCUGGUGGAUAAGGUUAAGGAAUUGGGCAUUGGUGGAAGCAGUGCUGGGGAGAAAUGA